GCAACAAAGAAGGAGCUUCUGACAUCAGGUGGUUCCUGCUGGCUCUCAUUCAACAGAAUGAGUGUUUUUCAUCAUCCCAAACAUUUGAUGCCAGGUACAUUUCCGUCCAGCAGAGAAACAAAUGAGCAUCCUACAGUCUGCGUGUCGCCUCCUCUUCCUCUGUCUUCUCCUGUGAUCAAGAAGAAAGCUAUCUUAAUCCCAUCGUUUGAUGAGAAGGGCCUCAUCUUUACAAAGAGCAACUCUAAACUCUCAGCAGCUGACGGAUCAAAUGAAGUAAUUUCCUCCAAAGCCUCAUGUCAGUUCAUGCGAGGUAAAGAAUGUGUGAAUUCACAGAGAAACAACAAGGAGAGAGCUUCAACUCUUCCAAGGUCAAAACCCUCAGCACCCAAGUCCAUGACCGCCUCUGUCAAACCUAACAUCUGCAUUUCCCCUGCUCCACUGCCAAGUUCCUCUCCUACACUCCCAUCUCUCAAACCGAGACCAAGGGAUUCUCUUCUUUCUCCCGCCUGGGAGUUGGGUGAAUUUCAUCCAAUACCACAACAGCCAGACCCUAAGCCAAGAGUGUCUCCAACUCUGACUGUUCCAACACCCAGGCUGAGCCCCACCCCUUCAUCAGCCACCCAAAGCCAACAAGAGAGGCAACCGUCUCCCAUUGCUCAAGAGAGAAACGCCAGAUCUAUUUUCAUUUCUAACAUGACAAUGGGGCCUUCCAAAGACAUCAAACAUGAAGUUCUUGACCAAGGAACGUUGCUGCAUUUUACCCAUCCUGGCAAAAAAAACGUCAGCAGAGAGCCCCGGCAUACGACUGAGAUUUCCAGGCUUCCAGCAACAUCUCACAAAGCCUGCAUAGUUCAAAGAUCCUAG